AUGAAUCAACAAAUAGAUUCUGUUGGAUCUAGUGCCGGUGGGAUGGUUAUGGGAAUGAGUGAGAGAAUUUUAGGGAGUCAACCUCUUGUGCGGAGCAAGGGUAUUAAAGGCGCAGUUGUGGUUGGAGGAGAGUUCUUUAUUUCACCCGAGGACCUAAACAAAGCUCUCAGACGCUGGGCCGCAGAGUUACCUCGGGAGAUCUAUGUUGAUUUACUCAACGAGGCGGUUGCUCAAGUUAGUGGAAUCAUCGAACAACAUGAAAACGCAUGCGACAAGGUUCUCAUAGAUUUGCAUGAGGGGUGGACGAAAGCUGCGGGUAGGCUUGCCCGUGCCUGCCCAGAUUACACGCGUGCCGCAAGCUAUAUCGUGCAUGCGGUGGUAAAUCGGCUCAGGAAUGUUCGUUCUGGAAGAUCAUUGUAUCUAGAGCCUGGGCUGAAAGACCUUCAAGACGCGAUUUCCUUAACACGCAACGCUUCUCCACCACAGCCAAUCGCAAGUGAUGAACUCCGUUCAAUGGGGUUGCGACUUAACGCAAUGGACUUGGUAGAGCCCCUCGGCUCGGUCUCCCUCGAAAUCACAGAUGGAGAUAUUGCAACUGAGAAUGUGAGUUUUGAAUGGGCUCCAAAUGCUGAUAUCCCGACGCUUCCCCAGGCAGUUAUGGAAGAACUUAGUGACCACGAUUCUUCUUCAAUCUCUGGGGACAUUCCCACCAACGUGCCUGCCGAAGGAGGGUUUCAUCCCGUACUGGGUCGCGAUCCAGCGAAUUCGCCGAGACCAACCAAUGAUAGGGCAAGCCAAGAAGUGCUAACAGCAUGCACUUCAAGUAACGCUACAGGCGGUGCUUCUACCAAUAUGAGUGACUCACAACCCAGAAAGAGACAGCAUAUAGAUGGUCAUUCAGUUCUAGGAAGUACGCAAGGUUUGAUUGGAGAUAUUGAAUCCAGGAUUCAAAAACAGGCUGGAGCCGGUGCUACCCCUGGCUCUGCCACGUGUGAUACUCCUGCAAGUCGUUCGAAGUUACUCCCAAACGCAAAGGCACAAAGAAAUAAGCAAAGUACUCAUGAAAAGGCAAUUCAUCCCAAUAAAGCAGAGGUUGAAGCUGGAUCGGGAGUUCAAAAUCGGAAUGUUGCAGGCACUACUUUUAGUUCGUCCACGAGUGGUACUCUUGCGAGCGGUCUUAAAUUACGCUUUAAGUUCCACCCAGAAGGAAGGGAGCGACCAAAACUCCAAAAUACUCCCAAGAAAGCAGUUCUCCAGAAAAACCCAGAGGUUGAAAUUGGAUCCAAGAUCCACGAUCAGAAUGUUGGCCAAGAUCCAGACAGCUCACCCAACAACAACCACCCUACAACAACUAUAGUUCUCGAAGACAUCCUUCGUCGUCUUGGGCAUGAACCCCUUCAGAAGCUCCAGGCAUUGCAAGCCGACGGCCAUCUUUGUGAAGCAGUGGAUCAGGACCAACCGCUGCUUCAGCUAGCGGAAUUGGAGGCGACGAUAUUCUUGCACCACUGUGGCGGCGACAAAGAGAUGUUUCAGAGCUUGCAAUAUGGACUAUUGCAGCAGUUGAUUGAGACAGAUCCAGUACUAUGGAUAUUGAACGUUUGCCUGCAGAACGGCAAGCAAGAACUUGUUGCGUUUCCACAACCAAUGUCCAUCCAGUCCAUCCAUGAUGAAAAUAGUACAACUCAUUCUUGCCCCGCUAGCGUGAAAAAUCGAUGCAUUAUAAGUCAAGAUUCACACACGCCAAGUAUUGUUCUGUUUUAUGCAGGAGAAAAAGUUGCUGGUCAAAGUGUCAUUUUUCAGCCAGCAUUGCUACCCUUAACUGAGAUAUCCGGAACUACUUGUGUUGGUAGAUUAACAACUUUAAAUCAACUUCAGUCUCUACGAGCCAGUCAUGAGCCCGUGAAGUUGAAUUUAAUAGAAGACAACGCAAUGCAUGUUGCACCAUUCAAGAUCGCGACAUCACUGCGAGGCCUUAGUCCUAGAGCUGACGCAGUUCUUCUCCAAAGGCCAUAUACAGAUCCUACUGUUGUGGCUGAAGUCAACCUUCUGCUUGGCAAUGAUCGAGAUUUGGCAUGGGAAUUCAUUUUACAGUGGCGAGCGUUGGCAAUUGAGCACAUAAAACUUCAUUUCAACCUGUGGCGAUGGACAGAAAAGUCAGUUUACGGAAGUCAGGCAUACAAUCCGGAAAAAGAGGCCAUUGAAAGCAAGGGAUAG